UCCUUGAGUUGAUUCUUUUUGUGUAGUAUUUCUUACUUGUUUUGCUUCUGACUUAGGAUGGUUCUGGCAAAGUUAUUGAAACUUUUGAGAAUAUGUGGGAUUUGACGCCUGAUACUGACAUGUUAAAGGAGGUACCCGAAUCAUACACAUUCGAGUCUGCUCUUGCAGAUUUAAUUGACAAUUCACUGCAAGCAGUAUGGUCAAACAGAAAGAGUGAUCAAAGACUUGUUAGUGUGGAUGUUUUAGAGGACAGGAUUUCAAUCUUCGACACUGGUACAGGUAUGGAUGACAGCGAUGAAAAUUCUAUAGCAAAAUGGGGAAAAAUUGGUGCCUCACUUAACCGAUCUGAAAAAGAGCAGGCUAUUGGGGGCAACCCUCCAUAUCUAAUGCCUUAUUUUGGCUUGUUUGGGUAUGGAGGAGCAUUUGCCUCCAUGCAUUUAGGGAGACAUGCUUUAGUGUCUUCAAAAACAAAGGGUUCAAAGAAGGUAUAUACUUUACGUCUUGAGCGAGAGGCCUUGCUCAGGAGUUCUGGCUCUGAACUUAAAUGGACGACCGAAGGUGGUCUUAGGGACCCUUUAAAGGAUGAGAUUGCAAGAACAAGACAUGGAAGCUUUACAAAGGUUGAAAUUUUUGAACCAAAUAUAAAUACUUUGGACAUAUUCCAACUUCAAAGCAGGCUGAAAGAUAUAUACUUCCCAUAUAUUCAGUGCGACGAGGUAUCCAACUCAGGGAAAACAAGUACACCGAUAGAAUUUCAGGUCAACGGCACUAAUUUGACUGAGAUUGAGGGUGGGGCGGUUGCUAUCACAAACUUGCAUUCUUGCAAUGGUCCUGAUUUUGUUUUACAGCUUCAUUUCUCAUUCAAGCAAGACAAUGUAACCAAGAGUUCAGGUUCAAGGUCGAAUCAAGAAGCCAAUGUGCGGCUGAAAUGUGUUUAUUUUCCUGUUGUUGAGGGAAAAGAGAAUAUUGAUAAGAUUUUGGAGAAGUUAAAAGAUGAAGGACAUCAAGUCUCUGAAAAUUAUGAAACCUUUAAACGUGUUUCUGUUCGGCGACUUGGUCGCCUCAUACCAGAUGCCCGCUGGGCAUGGCUGCCUUUCAUGGACUUGAGGCAUAAAAAGGGAACUAACAAAGCACAAUUAUUGAAGAGAUGUUGUUUAAGAGUCAAAUGCUUUAUUGAUACUGAUGCUGGUAUCAAUCCAACUUCAUCCAAGACUGAUCUAGCACCCCACAGUCCCUUUACCACUGCUUUAAGGAAUUUCGACAAUAAUCUUUGUGAGAAUGAAAAAGGGAUACAAAUCAGAGUUUAUAGAGAUGGGAAGUCACUGAAUUCUUCGCAAUUAGAAAGGGAUUAUCAAAAUUGGAUUCUUCAGAUGCACAUGAAGUAUGAUGAAGAAGUUGAUCAUGGUGAAGAUGAACCUAUACUUGCUCUUAUGCCAAGCCCUGCAAAAGGAAAGAUGCUUGGCAUGUCAUGUGAUGUUUCAAGGGUUCACCAAGUUUUUAAAAGGAAUGGAAUAACAUGGAAAGCUGGUCAAAAGAUAAAACUUUUGAAGGGAGCAUGUGCUGGUGUUCAUAAAAAUAAUGUCUAUGCAACUAUAGAAUAUUUUGUACUUGGAGGUUUCCAAGGAGAUCCAGGUGGAGAAGCUCAGAUUAUUUGCAGGCCACUUGGUACAUCAGAUAAGGAUGGGUGCGUUCUUUCUGAAGUUGAUGGGAUGAUGAGAUUUAAUAUUAAAAGCUCCAUGUCUAUACCUAUAAAUGUGAUUGAUUCCAAAAAGUGCUUACCAGUUGAAAGUACUGAAUGGAAAAACCAGAUGGAUAAGUGGCGUCAGAAAUCUCCAUCUACAAUUGACUUGCUAAGCCCAAAAGAAUGUGAAGAAUUAGAGGCUGGGGUAGAGGAAUUGCCUGUCAUUGCUACUGCGGGACAAGUUCCUCCCAAGGACGUUGUAGCAGUUGUUCGGCCUUCUAAUUAUGUAUCUAAACAUGAUUCAAGAGCUUUGGAUCAGAGAUUUAUAUUUAAAUGUAACGUAGACAUGAUAUUGGAACUGAAGCACAUCGACCAAAUGAAAGAUCCUCAAAAACUUAACCAUGUUUAUACGAAGCGUGUCUCACCUUCUUCAGAUCAUGGAAUCCAUGGUUUAUAUGUCUUUCCAAUAGGGAGCAAGUUCCCAUGUUUGUUUCGAGAGGCGGGAGUAUACACAUUUUCAUUUUCUCUUACUGAUUCAAGUUGUAAGCCAUUUGUCAAGAGAGUUAAAGUCAAGGCAUCUUCUGAGAUAGGGAAGUGGGCACUUUUAAAUGAUGAGCAGAGCCAACCUUUUAGUGUGAGUGUUGGUUCAACUUUGAGUCCUCUCUCAAUUGCAUGUUAUGACAUCUAUGACAAUAGAGCUCCUUUUCCAUCUAAUCCUGAAGUUGUUGUCAAGCUCGAAGCAGAUGAGGACUCAGUUUUUCAUGUUAAAAAAUUUAAGAGUAACCUUUCUACUUCAAAUUUGUUACUAAAAAUUGAGGGUUUACUGAUUGAAAGCAAUGACUUGGACAAGAUCAGACCUGGUUACAAAGCCACUCUAGUCAUAUCUAACUCAGAUGGGAAAUUCUCUGUUUCCAUUCCUUGCCAUGUAACUCCAGGUUGUUUGAACCAUGUUAAAGCCCAACAAACAAUUUUGGCUGACCAACUUCUGCCAGGUUGCAUUGUUAAAGAGCUCGAAUUAGAGAUGUUUGAUGCAUAUGGCAAUCAUGUUGUGGGAGGCUUGGAAGUUCAGUUGGAUGUUGAGGGAUUUGAGAUGCUAGAUCAACUGGGCCCGAGGCAUAAAGUGGACCAUCAUGGACGUGUCGACCUUAGUGGCCUCUUGAAAGUAACAGCUGGUUAUGGAGAGAAUGCAUCGCUCUCUGUAUCAUCAGGCAAUAAAGUCUUUUUUAAACAAGAAUUUCAGAUUGAGAAAAGAGAACUGAGAAUCGCAUCGAAGGUACCCGAGAUUCUUACUGCUGGUUCCAAACUAGAAAAUAUCAUUUUUGAAAUUGUCAACUGUGAGGGUAUUGUGGAUGAUACUAUCCACGAUGAAGAGAAAACUGGUCUGUCACAUAUGCUAACAAUAAAGGCUGAUUGGCUUAAUUUGGGAGAGUCUGUCCGGUAUACUUUCAAGCAUGGGCGCUGCAUUGUUCCUGCUAUUCCUUUAUCUGAAAUUGCAGGAAACUAUAGCUUCUUAGCUAUCCAUUCUCGCCAUUCAAACCUUAGUCUGAAUGUUGAGGUUCAUGUCAAACCUGCUAUACCAAAUCCAAAAGUGGAGCAUGAUGGAAAAAACUUCUCCGUGGAUUUCUUGAGUUUCUUUAUUUCACUGCAGGUCUUUGAAGAGGACCUGUUAAAAAUUGGCUCUGUAGUCCGAAUAUUGGAAGAAAAAUGUGUCAAGCUAAAUGAAGAGAAGGAAAAAAUUGAGCAAACUAUGAAAAAAUUGCAAGAUUCUACAGAACUAUAUCCAUUUGGUCUCGAAAAUCAGUUGUCCUCGAAAGAGGAAGUGAUGGAGAAUAUAGAAAAGAUGGGUAACUCUGCUGCUGCGGUUCUUUGCAUUAUUUCUAGGGGAAUUCCAUUCCAAGAGCCAGAAAAUCAUUUAAUGAAAGACACAAUAGGAGUGGUUGCUCUACUAGGAAGAGUUCGACCUCAUUGCAGCCAGCUGAGCAGGUUACUGUCGGAAUACUUGGGUGCAGAUCAAAUGCUUGCUGUUGUCGUUAGAUCUUUCGAAACUGUUGUUCUUCUAGAAAGGUAUAAACAAACUGGAGAAGUUGAUCGCAGCCAUGCUAUUCAUGAAGAAGCAGCCAUUCUUGGCAAAUCUAUAAAUGGUCGAUUUCUUGUUAUAUGCUUUGACAAUAUAAGUCCAUUCAGAGGUGUCUUCAAGAGUGGCUCUCAGAGGAAACUGGCUUUACCACGUCCUUUCUUAAACGAUGGAACCAUUCCAAAAGGUUUUCUGGGAUUUGCUGUAAAUAUGAUUGAUUUUGAUAAAGACCAGCUAUCCAUAAAAAAUAGUUCAGGCCAUGGCCUUAGAGAGACUGUAUUCUAUCACCUUCUUGGUCAGCUCCAUGUUUACCAAACCAGGGAGGACAUGCUAGCCUCCCGAGCUUGUAUAAAACAUGGCGCCGUAUCGCUAGAUGGUGGAAUCUUAAAAGAAAACGGUGUAUUAUCUCUUGGAUUUAGUGAUCCGGGACCGGGAGUAUGUUUUCAAGUUGCCACAACAACCAACAGUGAAAUGCUUCCCUAUCAAGAAAAUUUGAAGCAGCUUAAAGAGAAGAAGUCUGAGUUAAGAACAAUCAAUGGGGAGAUAGAACAAGUGAUGAAAAAAUGCAGCAAAGUCUUGAAGAAGUUUCAAAAGAAAAAAGCAGAGUUUAACAAGUUUAUGGACAUGUGGAACCUAUUAUAUACAAACAAUGAUGCCACACAGAAAUAGUUUGUACAGUAUGAUGACAAAUCAAGUCAUCAUUUCUCUCCACUGUUUUGAGAACUGCUUUUUUGUUCUACAUUUCUUUUUGG